UCCAAUACUUCUUCAGCUCGUGGCCAUCUUCAAGCUUCUAUUUUACGAUGGGAUCGAUCUCUUCUUCCUGAGGCUUUCAGCUCGGGCCAUACGCAUACAUCCUUUCAGGCAAUUGGUGAAAAUUCGGGCGAAAUGAACAUUUUGCGCCCUACAACUCUUGCCAGGCGCUGCAAUGUAGACAUUACUGGUCGGGGCGGCUGUGCUGAUAAUGGGAGCAGUAUUCCAAAUGGUGGUUGUUCUUCCUCUGUCGUUACCCCCUCUUCUGGAUUAUCCAGAACUGCCUUGGCUUCUUCAAUUUCUGUACUACAGCCUGGGGAUUUAAUUGAACUUCGCUUAGCCGGUCUGCAAUCCGAAGAACCAGGCGACUCCUCUUCCAUCUUACCAGAGACUGAAAAUGGGCAUGUCGUACAGGUAUAA